AUGAGCUUAAGAUUAGGACUUUUAAGAUGGGUGAAUGAAAAAUGUCCAUAAAUGAAGGCAAGCAAUAUUGAAAGUAUGUCAGAUGGAAGACAUUUCUUAUGUUUACUUAGAAGAUACUUUCCAGAGAUAGAAAUUCCAUAAUUUAAAAAAAAUUCAACAAUAGUGUCUCGUAUAGAAACUUUAAAAAAAGUAGAUCACUAUUGUUCAAAAUUAGACAAUUCAAUUAAGGUUGAUAUUCUCAAGAUAGCAAAUAAAGAGUCAAAUAUGAUUCUAAAUUUGCUAAAAUUUAUAAAAUCAAUUCUAGAUAAAACUCCAGUAAAAAAACAAAAUAUAAAGGAAGAAAUUCCAACAAUAAUGAAAGAAUAGAAAAAGGAGUGUCAAAAGAUUAAUGAGGAGAUAGUAAUAAUCCCAAUGAAGUAAAAAUAAACAGAUGAUAAAGAAAUAUAAACAAGUUCAUUUUAAGAAUUGAAGCCAUUACAAAUAUUAUAAGAAAAAAUAAAAAAAAUUUUAUAAUCUGAAAUUCAAAGUCCUCAUUUAGAAUUAGAAAUUCUAUCAUUAUUGGAGAGAGAUAAAGAAGUAGCUAAUCUUUAGUUAUUUUAUUAAGUUUAGGCAUCAAGAGUAAGGGGAGUUAGAAAACAAUCUAAAUUUACAGAAUUUAUGUCAAUUCAUAGUAGUUAGUUUUAUAAUAGAGUGGAAUAGAAUUUAUUAGAUCCAGAUUAUUCAUUUGAUUAAAAUUUAGCUAGUAAAAAGAGUGUAUGUGAAGAUAGUUUGUUUCAAGUUAGCGAUGAAAAAUAAAAUUAUUGA